UCUAGAUACACUACACAUACCUUUCUGACGGGGCACUCUCUGCUGAUGUGACCUGGGUGAUUACAGUAGUAACAUACCACAUUCACUCUGCUUUGUGUGGCUGUGGGUGCUUGGGCCUGCCUAGUCUGUGAGUUAGAAGGUGAAUUGUAUGGAGGUCUAGGCUGUGAAGUAAGGGUUGUGUGAGGCUGUGUGUAUGGCGUCCUACUCUGACCAGAACCCCUAGGACCAACUCCCAUACCGAAUCCCGCAGACUUACCCCCGGCUGGUGAUCAGUUGAAGCUCUGGAACCGUAACGCCUUCUUACCCGGGCAUACAGCAAGGAACGCCUCUACCAGCUUCACAGCCUGCUGCCCAGUGGUCGGAUAAUGCUCCUUCACCCACACACGCACAUCAGGAGCCAGGGAACACAGGUACUGCUCCAGGUUGAGGAGCUCUCCGAUCUCCUCAACAGUCUUCCUGUCUGGCUUGAUCCACUUUCUGUAGUUAUCCUUCAGGCGGUUGUACAGCUCUUUCGGCGUCUCCUGGUCGGACGUCCGGAUAACGGAACCGCUGCCUGUAGAUUUCUUCGCUGAUCUCGUAUUUUGAGAGAAUGGCCUCUCUCACCUUGCUGUAGUCCAUGGCCUCCAGGAUAUCCAUUGCCACGUAUGUAGCCCGAGCCCGUCCCGUUAGGUAAGGUACCAGGUACACGGCCCUUCAGCUCUUGGCCACCGAUAGGCUGCUGCCAGUCUCACGAAGGUGGUGAGAUACUGUUCGAUAUCAUCUCCCUCCUCCAGCUUCGGCACGGCUGCUCUGGUCCAGGCGGCUGGAGACGGCACUGCUCAGUCUGGUGGGGCUGCUGGUCCUGGUCCUGGAUACGGAGGUGCUGCUGGUGGUGGUUCCACUGGAUGUCGCACGCCAUCAUCUCCUGGCCAACGUCCAUCACCGCAACGCCUUCGCUCUCCCUCCAACUCAUCUCGGACGUUGUUCAGCUGCACCUGUACGCUACGCCAUCUUUGCUCUUGCUUGUAGGCCUGACGCUCUUGGCUCUGGAGAGUCUUCUGAAGGAGGCUGUAGAGGGAUACCAUGUUCAUCCUCCCGGUGUCCUCUGCGGCAUCAUCAGCCACUGGAACACCUCCCUGGGCUCCAUCCGCUUCCUCAUCUUCUUCCUCCUCUGGCCGCUGCAUACCCCGGUUAGAUGUCGGAUCGACAUCCCCUGGCGUAUCUGAGCCCGUCUUCCUGGACUUCUCUUUGUGCUCUUGGAGGGCGCCACCAACUUUGAGAAAGAGUGAGCGGGUCACUCAUGUGGUGUCCGAACAGAACCAGGCAGAAGAGCUGUGGCAGUGGCUGAGGAGGCAGGCUCUGAAUAACUUGCCCACACUGCACGUGUUGGACAUCGGCUGGUUCACCGACAGCAUGAGAGAGGGGAGGCCUGUCACUCUGGAAGCCAGGCAUCACAUACAGGAAAUCCUUCCGGAGGCUUCUACACAUCUUCCAGUGGUCGUGUUGUCUCGCUACGCCUGUCAGAGAAGGACAUCCACUGAGAACCAUAAUGAGAUCUUCACGGAUGCCUUUGAAGUGAUGGCAGAGAGCUACGAGUUCAGCCAGUGCGAUGGCCAAUGCCUGGCCUUCAGGCGAGCCGCCUCCGUGCUGAAGAGUGUGCCCUGGCCGGUGGAGCGCCUGGGGGCCGCGACCCGCCUGCCCUGCUUGGGGGAGCACACCAGGGCGGUCAUGGAGGAGAUCCUUCAAUGCGGCCGUUCAUUUGAAGUGGAGAAGAUACUUUGCAAUGACAGAUAUCAAAGGCUGAAGCUGUUCACCAGCGUGUUUGGGGUUGGGCCAAAGACAGCCGAGAAGUGGCACCGCGGGGGUCUGCGCACGCUCAAUGACGCUCUGGAAGACCCCGGUGUUGAACUGAACAGCAUGCAGAAAGCAGGAUUCCGGCACCAUGGGGACAUCUCCAGGGCUGUGAGCCGGGCCGAGGCCCUCGCCGUGGGGGAGAUCCUCCACCAGGCGGCCCUGGGCAUCUCCGCGCACGCCGUCCUGGUGCUGACGGGCGGCUUUCGUAGGGGGAAGGAGUUUGGUCAUGACGUGGACUUCCUGCUCAGCACACCGGAGCAGGGCAAGGAGGAGACCCUGCUGCUCAGCCUGGUGGACAGCCUGAGACGCCAGGGCAUUCUACUGUACUGCGACCACCAGCCCUCCACCUUUGACAUCAAUAAUCUGCCCGGUGUCAGCUUCGAGGCCAUGGACCACUUUGCCAAGAGCUUCCUCAUCCUGCGGCUGGAGGACCGCCUGGUGGAGGGGGGUGUCCAGCGGCCGGAGGGGCAGCACGACGGCCGGAGCUGGAGGGCAGUUAGGGUGGAUGUGGUGGCUCCGCCCAUGGAGCGCUACGCCUUCGCUCUGCUCGGCUGGACAGGAUCUAGGCAAUUUGAGAGAGACUUGAGGAGGUUUGCCCGAAAGGAGAAGAGAAUGCUGCUGGACAACCAUGGCCUGUGGGACAAGACCAAGAAAGAAUUCCUGGAAGCGGAGCGUGAGGAAGACAUCUUCGCCCAUCUGGGUCUUGAGUACCUUGAGCCUCAGCUCAGGAACGCGUAGGCCCGACAUGCGCGCAGGACACCUCUGCAUCCCCAUGUUACCCCCGGCCGCAACAGCCUUGCUUUGUCAAUCUAUUUUCACCAAUACUCACCUGAAUUACAUUCACUGUCAUUUGUGUCGUCUUUGUUGACAUACAUUGUUGUUUGCUCUGAUUCUACCUAUUCUCCUUUCUGCUUUUGAUUAAACGAUUGUCUUUAGAACUCA